GGUCAUCUCUACUUGCCGAAAGCACGUGUUACAGUGAAGUUUCAACCAAUCUAUCUUCCUUUAGACAUCUUGUCUUUAAAAAACCGGCAAGAUUCGUUUGACGCUUGCUUCUUGAUUGAGUUCGACCGAAUCAUUUAACUUUACAGAAUAGAUGCAGUCCAAUCAACGACCAACAUCAAGUAAUCAACCAAAUUUUCCACGUAAACGAAAUACACAUGUUCAAGGAUUGAAGUCAAGACUUCGUUUAAAUAUUAAUUCAAUUUUAUCUAAUUAUGAAAUGAUUUUAUCACGAUCUAAGAUUGAUCCAAAUGAAAUUACUAAAGGUCUUGGUCCAUAUGCUCAAUGUGCUCAAGAUACAUUUGAAUUUAGUGUAAGAGCAGCAAAUAUAGUUCAUGCAUGUGAGAAUAUUACUCGUCUAGUAUCAGAAAUUAAACAAUUUCUAAUAUUAGGCGAUUUCCGUUGGUUAGCUCAAGUCACCGCGUUAAAUCAAGAGAAAUUACUUCUUCGAAAAUUAGAUUUAGAUCGUGUCAGCAAUCGAUUACGUGAUAAACUUGUAGCUGAAUUACAUAAUUUAGAACAAGAAACAAGUUCAGAUUAUCCAAUUAAUGCCUAUCAAAAAACUAUUCAACAAUGAGAAGAAAAUUAUGUAUUGGACAACUAUUUUUUUUAGCCGCCUGUAUAUAUAUAAAUAUAAAUAUAUUUAAAUAA